CAACUUAUACACACUCCCCUACACUCGCUCAUAUGGCCUCGGACGAUCGCGUGAGUAGCCAGCCCAGACGCUGCCCAUCCCACCUGGUACAGCUAGCUCCCGCGGCAAGGUCAGGUCCAGACGCCGCCGGGUCCGCCCAGCCGAGGCAGCCAGGCCCCACACGCUCCCGUGACCCAAGACGUCGGGAUGGAACACGGUCACCCGAUCCACCACUUCGGGAGAAGUAGGUGAUCGAAGAGUACAUCCCCGGCUCGGAGGGAGAUAGCGACGUCUCGGCCGGUAUCACAACGGCAUAAGACCAAAGAUUGUGGCCCGCAUCGGCCUCUCUUCACUCCAAUUCUAGUCCAAUGUUGCUGAACCAUUUCCGUCUUCUGGACGCCCUCUACUCCCCACACCAGUCACCGGCUUCGGGCGCAGCUUCUCCUCUUCCUUCGGCUUCUUCCUCUUCUCAGCAAAGCUCAGCAGGCUCUGGAGCGCUACCUCCUGGCCAGCCAGCUAUGCGAAUGACUGACUCUACAUCUGGCCCAAAUGGUCCUCCCCUCAAGUACGCAGCACUCAGCGUAGAGUCCUAUCACCUCGAUAGCCCCCCAUUCACAGGUACUGCAGUCGGGGGAGCAAGGGAACAGGACAGGAUGGAUGCAGCAGUCCGGACGUCCAUGAUCGACCAGCGGCAAGAUGCUGCUUCCCACAGGAGUCCUUCGCAGAGGCCUGUCCGGUCAGAUCUGCAAGAAGGGUCGUCUUCCUCCCGCCAACAGUCGUCACAAGUGAGGUCUGGACAGUCGGAGGCCUCAUCGGGUGGAGCAUGGGGAGACGUGGACGUCCCUUCAUGGAAUCUGGAUAGCAGCAGCAAAAGCAGUGGAGUAUUGCGACCUCCCCUUCCGCAAGGGUCCUCUUCAAGAGGAGAGGAGGGCAGAAGAAGACCUUUACACACACAGCUGACCGACGAUCAGGACCAUUCGGAGCGGAUGAAUCAGCAUGAGCCUGAUCAAGAGGUCGAUGGAGAUGGGACUGGAUUUGUGCUAGGAGGUCGGCAAGGACAGGAGAUUGUGCCUGUGCAAAGUCAACAAAAGGUGAGUCAGAGAGGUCAGCGAAAGAUCGGACAGCGCGAGUCUGGAGCUAGGUGCUAAUGAGGUCCCAUCCUCCUUGUGACGACGUCAGUCCGACUAUGCCUUUCCAACCCAUCGUCUACCGCUUCGCAUGCGGGACGAGUCCAAGACUCCCCUCGUCAUCGUCGCCUGCGGGUCCUUCUCUCCCCCAACCUACCUCCACUUGCGCAUCUUCGAAAUGGCAAAAGACCAAGUCAUCGAAUCGGGCAAGUACGAGCUCCUCGCAGGAUACUACUCUCCCGUAUCGGAUCACUACCGUAAAGCCGGUCUAGCACCAGCUCGUCAUCGAGUGAGAAUGUGCGAGCUGGCAGUGGAAAAGACGUCAACUUGGUUGAUG